AGCAAGUUUUUUUUUUCCUCUAUUCCUUGACUAAAAAUUAUAAUCGGCUCAACAUGUGUACAGUAUACUUAAUUCACAGGAACUCGGUAUUUCGUAUUUUUUUUCUAAAACGAGGUUUAUCUUUUUAAAUUAGCUGGAAAAAAGAAAGCACAGAAGAUGUCAUUGUCUGACUUUUUAGCUGACGGUCCCUCUGGCGGAUCGUCUUCUUGGGCUGAUGAUGUUGUUGACCUUCCUACUGCACCUGCUGCUAGAGAAGAUAGAUCCGAGGGAUAUAGUUCCCGCGGAUUUGAUGAUGAACGCAACGACCGUGGCUAUGGAGAAGAACGUCGUUAUAGUAACGAUCGUGGGUUCGGUGGCGACCGUAGAGGCAGCGAUCGAUAUGAGCGUGGACGUGGACGUGGACGUGGUGGGUUCGAAUCUCGUGGCGAGCGUCCUUAUACACCCCGUUCUCCUGUCGAGCUUCCAACUGAAGCACCUUUCACCGCUCGUGUUGCCAAUUUAUCCUUUGAUUCGUCUGAAGAUGAUCUGAGUAAUUUAUUCAGCAAUCUGAAGGUUUCCAACAUUCGACUCGUUCGUGAUCGUGACGAAAGACCCAAGGGUUUCGGUUAUGUUGAAUUUGAAGACCUUGAUUCCCUUAAGAGUGCUUUAGAAUUAUCAGGAGAAAAUGUUCAGGGUAGAAACAUUCGUGUUAUGGUUGCUGAGCCUCCUCGUGAAGAUCGUCCUCGUAGAGUUGAUCGUACAGAUGUCGAUACAUGGCGUCGUUCAGGCCCUGUUGAACUGCCCGAAUCACCUCGUCGUGGUGGUUUUGGUGGUUUUGGUGGUGAACGUAGCGGAUUUGGUGGCCGUCGUAACGAUAGCUCAUGGGGCAGUGGUCGUGGUGGUUUCGCCAGUAGAGAUCGUCCUGCUGAACGCCCUCGUCUCAAUUUGAAGCCUCGUACUGUUGACAAUGCUGCCUCAAGUGGAACUACUGCUCAGAAAUCUUCCAAACCUGAUCCUUUCGGUGGUGCUAGACCAGUGGAUACUGACAAAGUCUUAAAAAAAGUUGAAGAAAAGUUAGAAGCCGAUAAGGGUGAACAUUAAUCUGUAUCAAGCGCACAAAACGAACUGUAAUUCUUGUCAUUCGCACAGCGACUUGAGAUUUUAUUAUUGUAGAAGAUAUAUUAGCCGCAUCUCAAAGAUUUCACGGAAAAAUCAAACAAAAACAAAAAAGCCGAAUCAUUUGUUAUAUUUUCAUCAUUGUACUCUUGUAUUAGAAUAAAAUAAGUAAUUUCAUGAAAAAAAAAAAA